GCCACUAGAGUCUAGAGUUGAGAGCCCAUGGGUUUCUCAGAAGCUGUGCAAUGGUGGGAGGAUUGGCAGCUGCGGUUCCUCGUUCUAACCAGCCUCUUCAUCCAGUACUUCCUCUUCGUCGCGGCCCUCCUCCGCAAGCGCCGCAUCCCACAUUGGUUCAGGUCCCUAAUCUGGCUGGCCUACUUGGGCUGCGACGCCGUGGUCAUAUAUGCCCUAGCCACCCUCUUCAACCUCCACAAGGACGAAGUGGCCAUGGACACGCAUAUAGACACGCUGUGGGCUCCCAUCCUCCUCAUGCACCUCGGGGGGCAGGACGGCAUAACAGCCUACAGCAUCGAGGACAAUGACAAUUGGAGAAGACACCUAUUGAUUUCGGUAUCUCAGGCCUGCCUCUGCGGGUUCUGCGGCGAGCCCCUGCGCCCGGUGUUCAGCGGGUUCUGCAGCGAGGCGAGGCCGUGCACCGGCAUCAAGGCUGCCAUGCUGCUGUGCGGCUGGUGCUGCACGCGUGGAGCUGAGAGGACGUGCCCCUGUUGCGCAGGGAGCCAAGAAGAGCUCGUCGGCAGCUGA